UAUCAGUCAGAGCUGCAGCGCUUGCAUGCAACAGCCGGAGUUCUUGGUGAAAUCCACUCAUUUCUUAGAAACUGCCGGGGAGAUUACAGAUUUGUGACUGCGGGCAAGACCUUGAAAAACAAAACAAGCCAGCGGGUCACUCUCCUGAAUGUUGGAUAAGUCAGAGGAUACAUCUUACAGCAUUAUUAUUUCAUGAUUACCAUGCAUAUAUGAUCAGAAAACCAAUUUGCAGAAUGACAGGCAAAUAUAACCUUAUACUGGGGAUAGCCGUUGUGGCAACAAACUUUAUUUCUUCUCAAGCAGAAGAUUUCUGUGAAAAGCAGAACUCCAUACACUUCCCUGAAGGUAAUGGAAGAGUUGGAGGUUGCCGGAAUUCAUCCACAUACAUCAACAAUAUAUCUUGCAAAAUCUACAAUUUUGUCAACAUUAACUGCACAUGGGACAUGGAGGCCAAUGCUCCUAAAGAUAUUCAGUACUGCUUUGUCUUAAGGAUUAAACGUACCUUGUUGCCCUGUUCACAGUAUUUGACAAAUGAAGAAAAUGAAACUAUUGGAUGUCAUAUUAAGGAUGUGGCUUUUAAAGACAAGCCAAAAAUCAGCCUCCAGUUUUCCAAUACUAAAUGUCAAUGCCAAUGCCAAAAAAAAUUUAAAGUUUCAGAUAUAGAGAUGAUGAAACCUCCAAUCAAUAUCACCAAACAAUCGCAAAAUGGGAAAGAAAUUAUCAAAUGGAGCCGAUCACCAACCGUACAACUCAUUAAAAACAAUGCUUGCUUUGAAUACGAAUUAAAAGUUUGGGAGACAGACAAAGAUGUUCUUUUCCGGAAUCUCACCACUUCUAAGACAGAACACACCUUUGAUGAUCUGGAUAAAGACAAACAGUAUUCCGUUCAAAUUAGAGGAAGAAAAAUUAAGAAUUGUGGCCUGAGCAAAUUUUGGGGUGAAUGGAGUGAACCUUUGUUCAUAGGGGAAGACAAAAAAAAGAUUCCAGGCUGGAUUUUUCCACUCAUUUGUAUCAUUGUUAUGGUUUUUGUACUUGGAACAUUACUAUACCUACUAAAAAGAUACACCUUGACAUUUUUCACAGCGGUUAUACCAGAUCCAUCCAGCAAAUUAAAAUUCUGGUUUUCUUCAAGUGAACUAUAUUUUCAGAAAUGUGCUGUUCCAGCCCAGCAUGAAUGUGUACCCAUUUCAGAGAUUGAGAUUGUGACAGUGGACUCAUCAAUGGACUCUGCACAAUGUGGCCAAGGACACUGAAUUUAUGAAGUGCCCUUUUUACUUGAAUAUGCACAAGGUGUAUUUUUGGAUUUCAAUCUGCAUAAAAGCCAAAAACAUCGUAGAUUUAUAAUAUAAUUUACCUUUUCUGGCUUUCUGAUCUAUAUUUGCUGCUUGGAAGUGCAUUUACAUGUAAAGAAGCUUAAGCUCUACUACAGUAUUGUGUUUCCUGUUGAAUCAGGAGGAAUUUUGGUGCUUAAGGCCCACAAUGGAUGUGGUGUGGGGGCCAGGAACAUCUCACAACUAGGAUUCUUUAAUCCUAUAGCAUUAACAUUGAUGUAUUUCCAGGAGCAUAAAAACAGAGUCCAAUGAGAUAACAGUUAGUUAGAUGGUAAAAUCACAAUAUUUCAUAAAGGCCCUAAUUUGUCACAAAUAUUGAAUGGGCCUUAAUGCCACUCAGGGGCAAAUAUGAAUUUAAUCAAAAUUAUUCAAAAGCACUCAGUCAUCCCCUUUGUCUCCCAUUUACUUGAAUUGGAAGUGCAUGACACUGUAACCAGAAUAUGAGUCACUGAAACUCCUCUAUUCUGUUUGGGGCUCCUGGGGAAGCUUUGGGAUAACUCUUUAGUUUUCUAUUAUAAAAUAUAUAUUUUUUUAAGAAAGGUGAAAAAAUGAGAUAUACUUAUAAAAUUAAGAGUAGGCCAUAAAGGGGAUUCAUCGUAGUGUCAUAUUUCCAAUGACACCCCUACCCAUCCUACCACUUGAUAAUUUAUGAUGAUAGGGAUGUACCAACUCCAUAAUUUUCUAUUAUUGAAUCCUUCUCAAAAUAUUUAGACAAAUACCAAACUUACUAUAAUUACCAAUCUGUCUGAUGGAAUGGAAUCACAUGCAAAAAAAUGGCAUUGCUUUAAAGGGUUAAAUGGUACAACUUUAUGGUUAGGGUUGAGAUUUAGCUGAACGCUAAAGAUUUAGCAGAAUCCAAAUCCCAAACUAGUUCCCAAGUCUAUAACUUUGAAUUCCACAUUAGCAGGGAGGUGGCCCUGAAGGGAAGGGGGGGCGGGGCUGAGGUAAAGGAAGGUCUCAGUACUGGAGGACAUGUUCCAAAGCCUAAAUUAAGCCAGGGUGGAGGGACUUUUUAAGUGGCAAGUAAUAAAAGGCACAAAGUUAGGCACAAAGUUUGCCCAGGUGCAGUAACCCAUAGCAACUAACAAGAUGUUAGCUAUUUAAAUGGUGAUCAGUAAAUGGUAUUUGCCAGGGUCGGACUGGGGGGUGAAGGGCCCACCGAGGCUCCCGCCCCAGGGGCCCUGCAGGUGCCCGUGCCCUGCCCCCUCCUGGGGCCCCCCUAAUCCCCCUCGCAGGGUCCGACAUCCUCCCCCAAGCGCGUAAAUUUAACGUGUCAGGGGAGGAGAGGUGGGGCAGGGGGAGCGUCGGAAAGGGUCGGGUCUGGGCCAC